GUCGUAAACUAUCCCCAACUGCAGCUGCCUUUGAAUUGCCCAUUUACACAACUCUUCCGCUUCAUCAAUGGCGUUACUUCGCUUACUAUGUUAUCCAUCUCUAUUUCCUUCUUCAUCAUCCACUUUGUUUCCCCUUCACCACCAUUCUACAACUCCCAUUUUACUAUCCCCAUCCUCCAUUUCUUUGCGGACUCCUUGUUUCUCCCCAUUAAUCCCCAUCAAAGCUCAAAGACCUUACCUUUACAUAUCCAAUUGCUCUUCGUCUGCCCAAACUCCAGAAACUGCACAAGACCUAGAAGAACAAUUAGAAGAUGAAAGUUUGAAAAGAAGAGUGCUUGCUCAGAAUGCUCCUUGGACCUAUACAGCAAAUGACCUUCGACCUCUAUUUGAGAAAUAUGGCACUGUGGAGGAUAUUGAGGUUGCGAUGUAUAACAAGACAAGAAGCAGGGGUUUGGUCUUUGUCACAAUGGGCUCACAUGAGGAAGCUAAGGCAGUUCUUGAAAAUCUUGAAGCGUAUGAACUUGAGGGUAGACCUUUGAGACUUGCAUGGGCUAAGCCAAAGACUGAGAAACCUUCUUCUCCACCACCAUCCAAGCCGCUGCCUAUACACAAUCUCUUUGUGGCUAAUUUACAUUUUGAAGCAAGGUCUAACGACCUGCUGGAAUUCUUUAAGGCUAAUGGUGCAAAUGUUGUUUCUGCUGAAGUCAUAUUCAAUGAUAAUCCCAGAAGAUCUGCAGGAUAUGGAUUUGUUUCCCUUCAUACCAAGGAGGAAGCUGAUGCAGCAUUAUCCUCCUUUGACGGAAAGGAAUUUAUGGGAAGAGCUAUAAGGGUGGCACAGAGUAAAAGGUUUCUUAGAGAAGAGACAAAAAAGGCUAUCCAGUCCCAAGAACUACCAUCUGAAUUGAUCUCUGUGGCAGAAUGAGCUAAUGCUGCUGAAUUUUGGAAGUUAUUCCUCUGAGGAAGUGAGUUUCCAUGACUUUUUGUUUGUAUAGUAGAAUCCAGGCAGAUAUCUUCAAAAAAUUUGUGUCAGAAAUUUUUAUAUAGCUUCAUGUACGUUCCCUGUUCCUUUGGUUUCCUCUAUUAUUCGGGAUUACUUUCUGUUUUCUA